CAACUACUGCAAAAUGAGUUCUUGGGCUGAUCCACCGUCUAAUAUCGUGUACGCCGGGAUAUCAAGCCUCUUUACCGAGGACUCCAGCACCAGAUUCGCCAUCGUGAUCCGCAGCUCCUCCGAGCUGGUCAACUUCUUCGAAUGCACACUUCCCUGCCAGGACAGACAGGAGGCCGCAACGGAAGUCCCGAUCCUCGUCCUCGACAAGCUCAUCCAAUACCGCAAUGUCUUCCACGAGAAGAUCGCCGGGAUCGCACUACCGAGAGAAUUAUCGCAGCGGUGCCCGUCGCUCGCCACGAAACUCUGGGAAGUCCUCGACGCCGUUCCCCUGGUGAUAGAGCAGGAGAAGCAUCGGCGCGCGAAGGGCGACCAGGGCGAGCUGGCUACGUUUCUGGGGUGGGACGAGAAGCAGAUGGACGAGCAAGCGGAUUCAAUGGUACGGAAGUGUAUAAGGUACUUUGGUGUUGGACACAUUCCGCUCGUGCGCCUGGACCUGCAUGGCAUGGUUGGGGUUGAUAAUGACUUCAGGGUGCAUCUGGUAGACGAGAUGGGCUAUCAGCGCACUGUCGACGACUCUACAUGGCGUCUGGCGAGUUAUUAUGCCGACGAUCUGAAGCAGAGGCAGGCCAAAGUGGCCUUCUUCAGCGUGACGCCUCAUGCAAGGCCGGAUUUACCUACUAGGCAUGCCCUCAUACGGUUUUCUCGAUGCCUGAGGGUGGAUUUUAAGUGGUACGUCCCUCGACCACGGCCUCAACUGCUCCCUAUUGUUCGUAAAGUGGAAAACAUCCUCCACUGCGCCAAUACCCAAGGAGCUCAUCUCGCUGUUGACGAAGAGCUCCGCAUUCUAGAAUGGGUCUACACAACCGCAAAACGCUACUGGCUCAACGACGAUGGACCACUUCGACCUCGCUCCAAGGGUGGUGCAGACGUUGUCGUUAUCAGCGACGCCAUACUGUCUCCCCUGGCGCUUAUAUCGAAGCAGUCUGACCCAAAACGGCCUGUUAUAUUCGAGAACAGACUCCAUGUCCACGAUGGGAGCGUCAAUGAUACAUCGAGUGCGGAAUAUCAGACUUGGGACUUCCUCCGCGCGAGGCUGAAGGAUGUUGACCUGCUGGUUUGCCAGGAGCCAAAGGGACUGGCGCCGCCUCUUAUGUUGGAGAAGGAUGCUGGAUAUAUAUCGCCGGCUAUUGACCAACUCGACGGCAGGACGAAGCGUUUACACGACUGGGACGUCACCUUCUAUGGCCGCGAAUUCAAUGCAAUAUGCCGUUUAGGAGGGAGGCCGGUAAUUGACUAUCCUCACGAGCAAUAUAUCCUCCACCUAGCCCAGCUAGUCCCCGACGAAGGAACCCUGUGUCUGCUAGACGCCUACAAGAAAUUCCACCAGCGCCGAGAAGCCGAUAGUCCAGGACGCCCGGUCCCCAAACUCCUCCUCUGCCACUCCAGCUCCCCCAACGACGACGACAGAGCACCAGUUUACGCCAGCAUAAUCACCCACAUCGAGAAUACCAUGCCACAGCUCGCCCAGAGCAUCACGAUCAUCCAGCUCCGACCCCCAGAUCAACUCUGGAAUGUGCUUAUCUCCAAAGCAAUGGCAAUCGUUCAGCUGAAUGACUCCGAGGGUAUCCCGGAGAUGCUGCUAGGCGCAGCGCAGAAGGGGAAGCCGGUUAUUGUAGGUGAGAAGUGCGGGUAUUUAUCGUUCCUGAAAGAGGAGGUCGGUGCUAUUGUGCUUGAUGGGGAUUGUACUGAGGGUAUAGCGCAUCAUCUAUUACGUCUUGCAGCUGAUAUGGCCCGGGGGAAAUCUCAGCCUGGCACGGAGGGUUCAACGGCGCUUAAUGCGAGGUACACUACUGUUGGGAAUGCUGUAAGCUGGUUUUAUCUGGCUUCGAAGUUGUCCAAGGGUGAGGUGGUUGAGCUGGGGGAGAGGGACGUUUAUACGUUGGCUGAAGAGGAACGGAGGGAUAGUUAAGUAGACUGUAUUGAUCCCUGAGAGACCU